UUUAAUCAUUUAAAGUCUAUAUGUGAAGAAUGAGCUUGUUCUGUCUUUCAAUGCCAUUUGUUUUGAUAUUUUCGGUUACACUUUAUUUUAAGGCGUUAUUGUUACAGUGUAAUUAUAUAUUUAAGUAUUGAGUAUCAAUUAAGAACAUGUACUUACUAUAGAGUUAGGGUACGAUUAGGAUUUGGUUGAGGGUUCGUUGCAUGUAAUUAUGUGUAAUUACUGUUAUUACUAUGGUAAGUACGGACACUGUAAAAUAAAGUGUUACCAUAUUUUCUAACGCAAUAACAUUCAUACAUUUUUAAGUGUGACUUCAAGACAUAGGUCACACAAAAAUCAUAAAAUUCUUCCCCUCAUGUCACUUCCCCAUAUGUUCUGUGGGAUACGAAAAGAAGAUAUUUGAACUGAAUACAGUGAAAGUCAGUGGGGUCCAAAACAACAUUGCACUGAACUAGGAGUGUUUAAAUGAAUAAACUCACUGGCAAUAACUUGUUUCAGAUCAUAAAAGUUCAAAGAGAUGUCAAAGUGAUGUAUCAACCCUUGACCUUCACACCUAAACCACGGCCCCUCUAAAAGCUCUGGUGGUUAAACGUAGUAAAACAAUCCAAAUACCUUUCCUCUGGCUACAACCUAUACAUUUUUUCCACAACAGACGACUUCAUCAUAUGAUCUACAUUCUUGGGUCGGUUUGCUGCUUGCAUCUCUGGUUUCUGCUAAAGUGCCUGUCUGUGUCACGCCACCCUCUUAAUGUCAAACACAUCUCCAUCAAUUCAUGUUAAGAAGCCUUUAUGCAUUCCAAAAGAUCCAAUGACAUCACUGAAAACAACCCUGACCUCUGUGUUUAUCUGCUGGCUGAUUGCAUUUGUUACAGUAUACUGACCUGUGAUCAGGCUUAGGGUUUCUACGUUAUGGUCUGAGACAUGGAAGCUGAUUGUCGAUCUGUACGAACAGAAGCCUCAUUCAGAAGUGUGAAGGAAACAUAUUGACAUGGAACGAUUCAAUUAAUCAAAAGUGAAAGGACACUGGGUUUUAUUAGCACCACAGUGGGUUUUUUAGCAGCCUUGUGCAGAAAUAGCUAUGAUGUCUUUUGCUCGUCGUCACAGUAUAUUACCAUUUAUAUGAGGUUUACGAAAGGAGACGAAAGCAAACAAAAGGAGAGCUGGAAGCUUUCAGGACAACUUCGGAAAAGGAUGGCUCAUGCGAAGAGAUUUUCUCAAAUUCCCAUGUCUAAGUGCAUGCGAGAUCUUUGUAAAGAGGAAGACUACACUUUUUUAAACAGUCUUGAAAAGCAGGAUAAGAGUCCGGAGAGCACAUGUGUGGAGAGUGAGAGUCAGGAAAAGCAAGAAGAAAGGAUCCGCCGUCGACUGGAGCGAGAGCAGCUGGAACAAGAAAAGCAACGUGAGAUUGAGGAACAGCAGAAGGAGAAAGAAGGGCAGUGGAAAAGUCAUGUGGCCGAGCUGGCGGUCCAACGCAAGGCAAUCCGUGCAAAACUAGACCGACUGCGAGAAUUUAGGGACUUUCAGAAGCAAGUUGUGCUUCAGGAUCUGGGUCUGGAUCCUGCUUCUGCAAACGAGACCGUCAAGCACCUUCUGAUGAGACUGUAACUGUGUUUACUAUUAAACGGAUAAACUCUAAUCCGUUCAAGCACUAGCGAAGCUUUAUAUGAUAUAUUACAGGUGUGUGGUCAGAUAACUUCCGAAGAUGUGUUAAUAUUAGACGAUUAGCGAAAAAGCAUGUAACUUAAGUGAAAUCAUAUAUCUACCUCCUCUUCGAGCUCAAAGACACUAACCGAGUGAGUUACGGCUCAAUUGAUGUUCAAAAUGAUUAAAUAACAAGCUCGCUGACUGUGUGGCAAAUAAAUCACAGCUAACGACGUA